AUGACUAAUGCCAUGAUGAUGAAACUUAUGGUAUUAUCACUUCUUGUGGUAACGAUUGGAGCAGACGAAUAUUUGAUGAAGAAAGAGUGUAGCAAAACAGAGUACCAAGUGGUAUGCCUCAAAUGUCUUGAAUCCGACCGAUCCUCCUAUCAAUCUGACCUAGCUGGAUUUGCUAGCAUCAAUGCAUACUGCCUUGAAUCUGAACUCGCAAGACUUGCUCUGUAA